CUAUUUCAGUGCAUUUCGCUGCAUACAAAAUACAAAGGCGUUUAUUCUAAAUUUGUUGUUUAGCGUAUUUGCAUUUAAAAUAAUAAAAGUUGUUAUAUUUUAAUGUGCAAAUAAUGAAAGAAAAAAUGCGAAAUCCAUGGAGAGAAAGGGAAGUAAGAGCUUUGCUUGCCAUUGUAAAGGAGCAAAAUGUGGUUGAAUUAUUAACUAAGAAAAAGAAAAAAAGCAAUGCAGUUUUUAUGGAUCUCACCAAAGAAUUUAGAAAAAAAGGCUAUAAUAAAACUAAAGAACAAGUAAUAAGUAAAUUUAAAUCAUUAAAGUUCCAGUAUACCAGAAUAAAACGUGAUGGAAAUAAUGGAGAAUCAAUGAACUACUUCGAAACUUUGGAUGAAAUUCUAGGCAACACACAGGUAAACAAUAGUGCAAUUGCCGACGCAACUGUUGAUAUAAACAACUCGGAAUCACUAUCUGAAGAUAGUGUACUAUACAAAAUGACACCAUCAUUAGUGAUGAAAGAAGAAGUUGUUAUAGAGGAUACAUUAAAUGGAUAUAGAAGACUUUUGCAGUCACCAACAGAGCUCAUAACAGAUGACAGAAUCUCAAAUAAUUUACCAAAAUGCCGCGUAAAUGUUGGCAACAAUUUUAAAAAAUCCAAAGGAAUGUCUAACAGAAUUGAAACUACUGAUAAUCGCGGAACACAAAACGAGUUAGAAUCUAUUACUGAAGAAAUGCAGAGCAUGAUGAAAAUGUUGUUGGAACAAUUCACGGAACAAAAUGAAAAGUACUUGCAAGGUUUAAAUAAACUUUUAGAAGAUAACCGUAGAGAAACAGAAAGUAUUUUGGAACGUGAUAGACUGGAGAGAGCAAAAAUAAUGAAUAAUUUUUUGCGUAUUAUGGAAACAACGCAACAGGUUGAUCGCGCAUACCCAACAUAUCUGCUGCCAUCUAAAUUGGCGGUUGAGAAAACAAUUCAAAAGAAAGCCAAGCCGUAAUGAACUAUCAUUUUCUGAUAAAUUCUUAGCUUUUUUAUUAUAACUAAAACUUUUAUAUUGCCAAGUCAUA